AUGACAUUUCUGAGAGCAAUUGACAUUGGAGAAGUGCAAGAUUUGUCAACGCUUGCAGAGAAACUGUCCAUAGAACCAGUUCCAGGUGUUUACAGACCACUAGAACCAUUUCUCUUAAAGCUAGCAGAUCUUUACCUUGAACUCCAAGCAAAAAGCACAUUGCUUCAUUGGUUUAAUGCAGAGGAGAGAGUGUUCUGGGUAGCUGUUGGAGCUGAUGGUGCCCCAUUCGGCAAAGAUGAUUCAGCUACCGGUUAGUUAGAUAGUUAAAGUAGUGAGCUACAGAGUAGACAUAACAUGUAGUUUUACAGGAUAUGACAGGUAUCUGUGUUAUUUUUAUAACAACUAGCUGUAGUAGGUUAAGUGACAGGUUUUUGUUUAGAAUAGCUAGUUAGUGAUGACUAGUUGACAGUUUUCUGUUUGUUUUCAUAAUAAUAUAAUACUUUUGGUAUCCAGUGACUCAACUGUGACGGGCAGUCAUUAAUUUCAUGCCAUGAAAAUAACAAACUGCGUAACCGUUAGAACGUUUUCUUCAUCCAUUAGACAUACUUACUUAGCCACUAGACCGUUAGGAGAAAGCGUUAGAACGUUUUGAUCAUCCGUUAGGCACAACUAGAUAACCGUUAGAACGUUAGGACAAAACGUUAGAAUGCUGUGAAGGCUGUUAACAAUCCGUUAGCUAUCCGUCCGUUAGAGAGCAUUUAACGGAUAAGCGUUAAGGUACGUUUUCCCGUGCACGGUCACAUUUGCGUUUAGCAGCAAAUUGUGUUGAAGAACAUCCUCUGAUGAAAGGUUAUACAAAGCUUCUCACUCAAGAAAUGGAAAAAUUAGGGAAUAAAACCUGUACAACUCCCAAGGGUAACCAGGUAAAGUUCAGAUUCAAGUUAAUUCCCUCAGAUAUGAAGUGGAUUUCAACCUUUUCUGGAGAAUUAAACAAUGCAGCGACAUAUUUUUUUCCCUUUGUAAAUGUGAAUCAGACAAACAAGAACACUAUUGGUGGCUCUAUAGGUGGUAACCAUGCUACCUGGCAACCAUGGAGCUACAAUGAAAGGUUAAAAAUUGCAAAAAAAGUAGAGGAUUUCAAGAAGAGUUUACAAGAUCAACGUGGAAAGCAAAGGAGUAAAGUAACAAAGUUUAACUCAAAACAAGUCAAGACAGGAGUUCCCUCCCCCUCUGGGAAAAUAUGUAGGCAUCAUCAAACCCGAGCCCUUGCAUAACACCAAUAACGCAUGGCAGCAGUGGUUUUCAGCCAUCUUGAGCGUGGCUAUUCAGUAUACUCCAUGUAAUCAGUUAAAUGCUGCAACUGUGUUAUGAGAACUUCCAAGUUCUUGUGUUCUUAUAAAAUUCUGCAAGUGUGUUAGACUGUUCAACAGUUUUGCUCGAUGGUUUUCUGAGAAGAGAAAAAAAGGGCUGACAUUUUCAUACGGAUUUACUGGUUUAGAGUCAAAAAAAUUUAGUUGGAACUUUUGUCUUCUGAUCCAUGAACUUCUCAGUAUCCCUAACCUUACCAACUCCUCAGAAGUCCGACUUCAUGCAAUGGCAUUUCAGGCUUUGCAAUUAAGGGAAGGUGCAGCUUUGUACAGCAGGGUAAGGCUACAAGAACAGCUGGCAGAACUGAAAACCUGUUGCAAUCAGUAUUUCACAACCCAGUGUAUAUUUCAUGA